UUAGCGCCGCGCCCCACAGGCUGUUUGGCAGAUUAAGGUUCAUUAAUGGCCGCCGGUGCCCGCACUGCCCGGUAGCGCUCUACCCCCAGCCCCGCCAGCGGGAACGGGCCUGGCCUGAGGGGCAGCGGCGUCCCGGCGCAGCCGGCUGCCAUUUCAGCGCCGCCUGCAGCUCCGAACCCUCCAUUUUAUUUGUAAUUCUGCCUCGUGCCCGCUCGCAGCUCCCGUGGCUCCGGAUUGUCUCUCGGAGUUGCCUCCCCCGCCCUCCCCCCGCGACACACACAGCGCCAUCGCAGCUCGCUCGCUGUAACGCCAAUGGGCCGGUUUCUCUAGCUUCUCCCCCACCCCAUCCCCCCCACCCCACCCCACCCCUUGCAACUCCAUUGCUUUCCCAGGCAUGAGAAAUUGCAAAAUGGUCCGGGUGGCUAGUGUGCUGGGGCUGGUGAUGCUCAGCGUGGCUCUGCUGAUCUUAUCCCUCAUCAGCUACGUGUCCCUGAAAAAGGACAAUAUCUUCACCACUCCCAGAUAUGCCAGCUCGGGGGUGCCCAGAAUGUACAUGUUCCAUGCUGGAUUCAGGUCCCAGUUUGCACUGAAGUUUCUGGACCCUUCGUUUGUACCGAUUACAAAUUCUUUGACACACGAGCUGCAGGAAAAGCCUUCCAAAUGGACGUUUAAUAGAACAGCAUUCUUACAUCAAAGGCAAGGAAUUCUCCAGCAUGUUGAUGUAAUAAAAAAUUUUUCUUUGACCAAGAAUAGUGUUCGGAUUGGACAGCUGAUGCAUUAUGAUUAUUCCAGCCAUAAGUAUGUUUUCUCUAUUAGCAAUAACUUCAGAUCACUGCUUCCAGAUGUCUCACCUGUCUUGAAUAAGCAUUAUAACAUUUGUGCUGUUGUUGGAAAUAGUGGAAUCCUUACAGGGAGUCAGUGUGGACAAGAAAUAGAUAAGUCUGAUUUUGUUUUUCGUUGCAACUUUGCUCCAACUGAGGCUUUCCAAAAAGAUGUUGGAAGGAAAACCAACCUUACAACCUUCAAUCCCAGCAUCCUGGAAAAGUAUUACAACAAUCUUUUGACCAUUCAGGAUCGCAAUAACUUUUUUCUAAGUUUAAAAAAGCUUGAUGGGGCCAUUCUUUGGAUCCCAGCUUUUUUCUUCCACACUUCAGCAACUGUUACAAGAACAUUGGUUGACUUCUUUGUUGAGCAUAGAGGGCAAUUAAAGGUCCAGCUGGCUUGGCCAGGAAAUAUAAUGCAGCAUGUCAACAGGUACUGGAAAAAUAAACAUUUGUCACCCAAGCGACUGAGCACAGGUAUUCUUAUGUAUACCCUUGCUUCUGCAAUAUGUGAAGAGAUCCACUUGUAUGGGUUUUGGCCAUUUGGAUUUGAUCCUAACACCAGGGAAGACCUCCCAUACCAUUACUACGAUAAAAAAGGAACAAAGUUCACUACCAAGUGGCAGGAGUCCCACCAGCUGCCUGCAGAAUUCCAGCUGCUCUACAAAAUGCAUGGUGAAGGACUAACUAAACUGACUUUGUCACAUUGUGCCUAAGAACUUAAAACUUGAAGUGCCAAAUGAUUGUUUAAAAAGUGCCCAAAACUGAAUUAAACAUUCUUUAAAAUAUAAUUCUAAAAAAAA